GCACUAGCAACGCUAGAAACAGACGGGAUAGCUGCUGAAGAGCGAGGAGAUAAGAAUAUAAAUUCGUCUUUUGGAGAGAAGGAUAUAUAUAUAGUUAAUGUAACCCGGGUCUACCGCUACCUCAGAUCACCUCAGUUAACCAAGGCUUUGUUCAAGUCGUUCUUAUAAUUUUAUUUUACUCCAACUAAAUAUCCCAGUCAACAAUGUCAAAAGUACCGUACGCAUUCUUAAAACGACUGAAAUUGAAGAAUCAGACUGCAAGAGAGUUUCUUGGAGAGUUUCUUGGGACCAUGAUUCUAAUUUUGUUUGGAGGCGCAGCUUUUGCACAGACUGUUCUUGAAAAGAGAGGUGUCGGUGAUGUUUUUGCUGUUGUUUUCGCAUGGGGUGUUGGAGUGAUGAUGGGGCUGGCCACAGCUAUGGGAGUUUCAGGUGGUCACAUCAACCCUGCGGUUACUGUAGCAUUUGCAUCCCUAGGCAAAUUUCCCUGGAAGAAAGUGCCCGUGUAUCUGGUCGCUCAACACUUGGGAGCCUUUGUAGCUUCUGCCAUCAUAUAUUUUAAUUAUAUAGAUGCUCUCAAUUGGUAUGAUGGUGGUAAUAGAACAGUUCUAGGAGAGACUGGUUCGGCUUACAUUUGGGCAACGUACCCAAAAGAGUACGUGUCCACUGCUAAUUGUCUCUUAGAUCAGGUUGUAGGAACCGGUAUUCUAAUGUUCACCGUUUUGGCAGUUAUUGACGAACGCAACGUAAAAUUUCCGCUCUGGGGCGCUGCUAUCGCUCUUGGUUUUAUGAUUUGUGCUCUGGCUAUGUGCUAUGGUGCGAACUGCAUGGCUGCUCUAAAUCCUGCUAGAGACUUUGCAACCAGAGCUUUCACAGCAAUUGCUGGGUGGGGCGCCGAACCGUUCAGUCAUCGGAAUUACAAUUACUUUUGGGUGGGCAUCAUUGGGCCCCAUCUUGGGGCCAUCAUCGGCGGUUGGAUGUAUUACCUGGGUGUGGAGCUUCAUUGGCCUGAUGAGGAGGACGAGGAGCCGGCACAGAAAGAAAUGAAAGAGCUCAUAGAUCACUCAGAUCACUUAAACAACAAAACAGAACGAACUGCGGUAUGAAGUGAAGUCUAUCUACGGAUACACGAAGGUUGUCCCAUCCUAACUACGUGAUAGUUUUCAGUCAAUCAAGAAAUAAUUGUGUUAUUUAAA